AUGGCUGGGAAUGACUUUGUCCAUGCAGACGCAAUAGCAGACUGUGUCCUUGCUGCCUUUGAUGCUCUGCCAGCACAUCGCAAGCCGCGACUGCCGUCUUCGGGACUGAAAGCUGGCCGCAGAGAAUGGGUACCCUUGGCCGGCAUCGUGCUUGAGAGCAGACAUGGUGCCCUAACAUGCGCUGCGUUGGCUACUGGCAUGAAGUGUCUGCCUCGUGAUAAGAUCCAAGGUCUGAACGGCAAUGUCGUGCACGAUAGUCACGCCGAGAUUUUGGCUUUGCGAGCCUUCAAUCGCUUCCUGCUCGAUCAGUCUGUCUUGCUAUGUGCUGACCCUGCUGCUGACAACGUCCUCCAAUCCUCUUCCACACAACAACCAUUCACAAUUGACCCAAGUGUUACCAUCCACAUGUACUGCAGCGAAGCGCCAUGCGGAGAUGCCAGCAUGGAGCUCACCAUGGCUCAGCAAGACGACCAGUCACCUUGGACCUCUACAUCUGAAGCUGAACCUGAUGAACUCUUUGGAAGAGGCUACUUUGGUACUCUAGGUGUGGUGAGGCGAAAGCCUGCUCGUCCUGAUGCACCUCCGACCUUAUCCAAAUCUUGCUCUGACAAGCUGGCUCUCAAGCAGUACACUUCGGUUCUCUCUGCUGUCAGCUCGUUGUUGAUACGCUCAGAAAAUGCUUACAUCCAUACCCUUGUCAUGCCACAGAGUCAGUUGGUGCCUGAAGCCUGCGAUAGAGCAUUCGGACGUAAUGGACGUCUUGCGGCAUUGCAGGAUACAUCGUUUGGCCAAUUUGCGUUCCAUCCCUUCGCAGUCCGGCCAACCACGCGCGAGUUCAUGUUCAGUCGUCGCAUCGCUGAUGCUUCGACGACCUCGAUCGUACCCUCAAACAUCUCGUCUCUGACAUAUGGUCCUAAGCAAGAGACGCUCAUCAACGGUACGCUUCAAGGAAGGAAGCAAGGCGAUCCCAAAGGUGCUUCUGUCAUGUCCAGACGAUCCAUGUGGUCUCUGGCCCUGAAGGUCGCUACCUUGCUAGCUCAACCUGCGCUUGUCGCUGUUCUGAAGACGCAGUCGUACGCUGAUAUCAAAGCGAGCGAGAUGCUCGCCGAUCGUCAAACGGCCAAGCAGACCGCCAGAGACGUGUCGCUACAAGGUUGGAAAAGGAAUUCCGGUGAUGACGAGUGGUCCUUGUCAGAUACGACAUCUGUCUCGUAA